UCAACUCCGCUCUCCGAUUGUGAUCUUUUACCUGUCUGGCUUUCAGGCAUGGGAAUGGAAGUGCCACUUUAAAUGUAAAGAUGAUCUCCCAGUGUCUCAGUCUGUAGAGCUUCGUCGAAGCAAAUAAACGUGCAUCUCUCCAAUAAUGUUGAUCGCUCUUAACCCGUUGGUGCUAUGCCUAGGCUCUUUGUGUUUGCUUAUCAUCUCAAUUGAGGCCAGAACCCGGCCCUGUAUCGACGAUCGCAUAGUGUUUCCCAAGGAUAAUGAUGAGGACGUAUUCACCUCCAAGUUCUCCCUGCCGAGUGUCAAUGCAACGACAACGGAGAUUCCUGUGACCACAAAAACAACUCCAUUAUUAACCACGGACACAACUGAGCUCGUCUCUAGUGGAUCGGAGGAGCUAAACACUGAGAAGCCGGUGGUUGACAAUCGAAUAUUGCUCGACACAUCCCCAAAAUGCAAAGAGGGCUUCGAACUGCGGGCGAAUCGGUGCCGAAAGUCGGCUUAGUCUUAAGUCUCGCAAGAGAUCCAUGUUAGAGUCAAUAAAGUGAUAUUUUAUUUUGAA